AUCGGUCUGUCAGAGCGGAACGUUCAAAACUUCUUCUCUCCACCAGCUUCCAGAGAAGCGUCUGUGAGCAGAUCUGAAGAGACUCGAGCCAGAGAGAAGCUUCCAGAACUGAGCAGAGGACUUUUCAACGAGUCAAACAUCUCACCUGAAUGGAAGCAUGUGGGCUCCUCACCGUGGUCUUUCCGGGGACUCUCUGGACACCCAGUGAAGGUUCAGUGAGAUAAAUCAGGCUCCUCACACGGUCGAAGAUGAGCUCAGCUCCAGAGGUCCUGCUCAAACUGCUGGAUGAUUUGCUGGUAGAGGACUUCAAAAGGUUCAAGUUCCACCUGAGCAAUAUUGGGGUCUUUGAAGGGUGCAGGCCGAUCCCAGCAGGACGACUGGAGACGCUGGACAAGCCGGACACAGCGAGACAGAUACACGACACCUACAGCGUCCACGCUCUGGAACUCACUAAAGAGGUUUUAACGAGAAUGAGAAAGAGUCGUAUCUGGGAUGAACACGCCAGAAACAUCUCAGGACCUGAAGGGGGAGCCGGCCCACUGAAGAGCUGUCAGGAAAAACUCAAGAGCAGCCUGAAGAAGAGAUUCCAGGAUGUGUAUGAGGGAGUCGCUAAACAAGGAGAGUCCACCGACCUGAACCAGAUCUACACCGAGCUCCACGUCACAGUGGGAGGGGCUGCAGAGGUCAACCAGGAGCACGAGGUCCGACAGAUCGAAGCCGCGUCCAGGACAGCAGGCAGACCAGAGACAAGCAUCAGGCCAGGAGACAUCUUCAGAGCCCCGCCUGGAAGAGCUCAGCCAAUCAGAACGGUGCUGACGAAGGGCGUGGCUGGCAUUGGGAAAACAGUCCUGACUCAGAAGUUCGCUCUGGACUGGGCUGAAGACAAAGACAACCAGGACGUCCACUUCAUAUUCCCAUUCACCUUCAGAGAGCUGAACGCCCUGAAGGACAAGAAGUUCAGCUUGGUGGGACUCGUCCAUCACUUCUUCACUGAAACCAAAAAAGCAGGAAUCUGCAUAUUUGAAGCCGUCCAGGUGGUCUUCAUCCUGGACGGUCUGGAUGAGUACCGAGUCCCUCUGAACUUCCAGAAGACUGACUUCCUGACUGAAGUGACAGAGUCCAGCUCAGUGGAUGUUCUGCUGAUAAGCCUCAUCAGGGGGAAACUGCUUCCCUCUGCUCGCCUCUGGAUCACCACACGACCUGCAGCAGCCAAUCAGAUCCCUGCGGACUGUGUGGGCAGGGUGACGGAGGUCCGAGGGUUCACCGACCCCCAGAAGGAGGAGUACUUCAGGAGGAGGUUCAGAGAGGAGGAGCAGGCCAGCAGGAUCAUCUCCCACAUCAAGACCUCCCGAAGCCUCCACAUCAUGUGCCACAUCCCGGUCUUCUGCUGGAUCACCGCCGAAGUCCUGGAGGAGGAGCUGAAGAGCAGAGGGGGAGGAGAGCUGCCCAAGACCCUGACGGAGGUGUACAUCCGCCACCUGGUGGCCCAGGCCAAAAUGAACAAUGUCAAGUACAAUGAAGAGGCUCUCUCAAGCGAAACCUGGAGUCCAGAGAGCAGGAAGAUGAUCAAGUCUCUGGGAAAACUGGCCUUCGAUCAGCUGCAGAAAGGAAACCUGGUCUUCCAUGAACCCGACCUGGCAGAGUGUGGCAUCGAUCUCCGAGCAGCCUCGCUGUACUCAGGAGUGUUCACAAAGACCUUUCAAAAGGAGAAAGGUGACCAGAACCCUGUCUUCUGCUUCACCCAUCUGAGCCUUCAGGAGUUUCUGGCUGCUCUUCGCGUCCAUCAGAAAUUCAUCAAAUCUGGAAUCAACCUCCUGGAGAAGAAAAAAUCGCUCAGGUGGACAAAAGUGCUAAAGAAGAAACCCAAUCUCCACCGUCUCCACCAGACUGCCGUGGACCAGGCCUUGAAGAGUCCAAAUGGACACCUGGACUUGUUCCUACGCUUCCUCAUGGGUCUUUCACUGGAGACCAAUCAGAGUCUCCUUCAAGAGCUGCUGACCCAGACAGGAAGUAGCUCGCAGGCCAAACAGGAAACAGUGCAGUACAUCAAGAAGAAGCUGAGUGAGAGUCUGUCUGCGGAGAGAAGCAUCAAUCUGUUCCACUGUCUGAAUGAACUGAAUGAUGGUUCUCUGGUGGAGGAGAUCCAACAGUCCCUGAGAUCAGGACGUCUGUCCACAGAUGGACUGUCUUCUGCUCAGUGGUCAGCUCUGGCCUUCAUCUUACUGUCAUCAGAUGAAGAUCUGAAGGAGUUUGACCUGAAGAAGUACUCUGCUUCAGAGGAGGCUCUUCUGAAGCUGCUGCCAGUGGUCAAAGCCUCCAGCAAAGCUCUGCUGAGCAGCUGUGGUCUGUCAGAGAGAAGCUGUGGAGCUCUGUCCUCAGUCCUCAGCUCUCAGUCCUCCAGUCUGACACAUCUGGACCUGAGUGACAACGAGCUGCAGGACUCCGGAGUGAAGCUACUGUCUUCUGGACUGGAGAGUCCUCACUGUAAACUGGAAGCUCUCAGUCUGUCAGGGUGUCUGGUCUCAGAGGAAGGCUGUGCUUCUCUGGUCUCAGCUGUGAGAUCCAAGUCCUCCCGUCUGAGAGAGCUGGACCUGAGCUACAACCAUCCAGGAGCCUCAGCAGUGACCCUCCUGUCGGCUGCCGUGGACGAUCCUCACUGCUCGCUGGAGACUCUCAGGGUGGACCGCUGUGGACAGCAGAGGCUCAAACCUGCUCUGAGGAAGUAUUUCUAUCAACUUGAACUGGACACGAACUCCGUGAGCAGAGAACUCAAACUGUCCGACAACAACCGGAAGGCGACACGCGUGAAGGACGAGCAGCCGUAUCCGGAUCAUCCACACAGAUUCGACGUCCGGGUUCGCCAGCUGCUGUGCAGAAACGCUCUGAGCGGCCGGUGCUUCUGGGAGGUGGACUGGAGCCGAGAAGCCGACGUCUCGGUGAGUUACGGAGGAAUCAGGAGGAAGGGCGUCACCAAAGAGUGCCGGUUUGGGAUGAACGACCAGUCCUGGAGUCUGAGCUGCUCGGAUGGAGGCCACUCCGUCUGGCACGGCGGCAGGAGGACGUCCACCUCCUCGUCCUCGUCCUCCUCUGGCAGAGUGGCGGUGUAUGUGGACAUUCCCGCUGGCUCUCUGUCCUUCUUCAGAGUGUCCUCCGACUCUCUGGUCCACCUCUGCACCUUCAGCACCGCCUUCACUCAGCCGCUCUACGCCGGGUUUGGACUCUGGUCCUCCGGUUCUUCGGUGAGUCUGUGUCCUCUGUAGGACGGACGGUCUCUGUCUCUGACUGCAGGAAGGGGGAGGCGCCUAUCACGAGGUGGGAGGGGCCUAUCAGAAGGAGGAGCUUAUGAAAAUGCAGCUCCAGUAAAGCUGUGACGACUUCUUUGUUCCAUCUUGUGUUUGUUGCCGUUUCGCUGUUGUUGUUUCUAGAAAUGUUCGUUCAUCAAGUAAUAAAGUCAAAGACACGCUGAC